AUGCUCGUUGAAGCAGCGGGUACGACGGGGACGGCAAAUCCUCCGAGUAUCUGCCUCAUGGGACCCCUGUCCAAGCCACCGACUCAGCUCAACCCCAUUUCUGCUUCAGAUAAGAGUACCAAAGAAUGGCUCGAGACACCACCAUGGAGAUGGGGUGCUGGAGAGUGGAGGCGGUUUCUUUCCGCUUCAUUGCUCCGCUUGACCGCCCACCACCACCACCACCCAUCUGGAACCUCCGCCCACUGCUAUCGUGCACCACAAGACGUCGACACUUGUAUCCGCCAUGGUACAAACUCCAAUGCCGUCCUCAAUGGGCUAGCCAGCCAUGACCCACUAACGCAGCAGCAAAGUACGAAGGUACAAGCCCCACAAUAUGUUAUCCAGGCUGAACCAUCCCUGCGCGCACAUAUGACGCAGGCUACCCAAGCCAAAGUCAUGGCUUCCUUCAACAAGCAAGACUUUUCAUACACUUUACCCAUCUAUCUCUCUUUGCAAAACUUCAAGAUGAUGCCGUUACUGGUUAACAAAAAUAACAACAACAACAACAACAACAACUUCAACAUGGGUUUACCCUAUCAGGCCCCAAUGUUCAGCACCAACAUGAUGGAGACACCUCUUGAUAAAGCGUCACAACAAUACAUCGCUGCUCAUACACGAAACAUGUCGAGGGGUUACGGUGGACAGAGGACGAACACUUCGAUGCGGAUAACGAAGCCCAGCAGCGCCAGCACCAGCCCCCGCUAUCCGUUUUCGCAGUCCAAGAGGAAGACUUUGAUCGGUGAUGGGUUUCAGAAUCUCUAUACUCAACCUGCCGCGGCGGCGUAUCUCCCCACACCUGCGGCUGAAUUCCCGGUCGAGUUCAUGUACGACCCGGAGACGAAGCCAACGACGACAGCACGACCAGUUAGCUGGCACCCCUCGUCGCAACAGGUGGCAUAUUCCCAGCCUUACCCUCAGGAGUCCACGAUGGCCUUUGCUCCCUACCCAUCCUAUCCAGACUUUGGCGCUUGCACACAGUUUCAGCAACUGCCCCCAACCCCAAGCGUGUACUCCGGCUCCAACUCGCCAUGCUCGGCGUCCUUCUCCCCGCUCACACUUCCAUACCCCGGCGUCGAUUUUCAGCAAUCACAGCAUCAGUAUGCCUCGCCGGGGACUCAGCUCUACCAACCGGCUCCAGAAUCACCCCAAAGCAUGGCUGGCAUGACCGGCGAUCUUUCUUACGCUGCUUUCUCCAAGGCGGAAGGCAAUGUCAUGGGAUGGACUUCCUAUGCGCCGUCAUCGAGCGGCUUGGACACAUACACAGCGCCGCCUACCCCGAAUAAUUUCGAGCUGCCAGAGCAGUUCACCAACACCAAGAUGGCCUCCGAAGAGCCUAUUUCCUAUGAGGCACCGGAAGACGACGGAUCUGAUGGCGAGAUUCUGUACGGCAUGGGACUGUACGACCCCCCCGAGACCAACGAGCCUGCCGACAUGGACCUUCACCAGUCUACCGUCUUUUCACUUCUUGGAAACGCCGCAGUCUACGAGAAGCCCUCCGGCAAGGGUCUGAAGCUCGAGGACGCAUGGGAGCCUCCUGCGAGCGACGAUGAAGAGGACAAUGAAGAGCAGGAAGAUGACGAGGAGGAGGAAGAGGAAGACUAAGACUUACGAUUAUGACACUUUCAUGAUGAUAUAUUGAGAAGAAGCAUUAUACCGGCGACGGUUUGGGAUACGCAUAGCAUUUACGGGACGGAUUCCUAGAAAGGGGUAUGGGCUGGAAGCCCUAUCGAAGAUGCAUCGACACAUCAGGAAUGUGUGGCUAGGCGUUUUGGUUUGCGUUUUUUUCCUUGUUUUGUUUAGGAGACAAAGAUACCCACCUCUGCAAAUAAAUACAUGCACAUAUUUGAACAACAUGCGAUCUCAGUGUUCUUGAUUCAUACCACCCAUCAUCUCUCAUUCCUUGGCCGCCGUGCAUGCC